AUGGCUGAACGAAAAGGUCACUCGGACAUGGCGCGGCAGCACACGAACGACAUUGAACUCGGUAUGUCAGACGUGCUCCAACGCCACAUCUCUCGACAUGUUGUCCCGCCUAAACCUGUUUCCCAGCGAAAGCUCAACUUUGAGCAAAAACGUCCGCGAAUUCUCCGUGAGAUGAUGGCUGAAGCCACUGGCGUGUUCUUCUACGUCUUUCCCGGAAUCGCCUCCGUUGCUUCAUUCACUCUGGCCACGACCAACCCAGUCGCUGGACAGAUUGGAAUUGACGUUUUUGGCUCCCUCUUCCAAAUCGGUUGGGCGUUUGCCAUUGGCAUCGCGUUCGCGAUCAUCACUUGUGCUCCCACGUCCGGCGGGCACUUCAAUCCAGCCAUAACACUCUGUUUCGCCAUCUGGGAGGGAUUCCCCUGGAAGAAAGUACCUCACUACGUCUUUGCCCAAAUCUUUGGCGCCUUCAUGGCUGGCUUGAUGCUUAUGGCAUGCUACUGGCCCGAAAUCCGAGCCGCCAAGGCAAUCGAUAUUAGGGAACAUGGCACUGCAGUUUACAAUGGUGGAGUUGCCAGUAUCCUUUGUUCCUUCCCCAACCCAGACCAGACAAAUCAGGGAUACCUUUUCUUCCAGGAAUUUUUUGUUGACAGCUACAUCGGCAUUGUGAUCUGGGCUUGCUUGGACCCGGCAAAUCCCUUCGUUAGCCCGCCAACCGCACCAUUUGUCAUCGGUAUUGCUUACGCUGUCAUGGUCUGGGGUUUUGCCGGAAAUACGAUCUCCACCAACUUGGCGAGGGACUUGGGCACGCGUAUUGUGGCAGCCAUCUUCUUCGGCAAGGAGGCCUUUACGUUCUCGAGCUCGUAUUCUUGGAUCUCAAUUUUGGUCAACGUACCUGCUACUCUGCUUGCUACCGGUUACUACGAGUUCCUCAUGCGAGACAGUCUGCAAAAGAUUCAUAAAGGACACGCAGAGCACAAGGAGGGCGACGAGGGUCUUCAAAGGUACAUCUCCAGGGUUACAGGCAUUGAUAUCGCGAACCAGGCAUGGCAGAGUGAUCGCGGGACGAUGAACGCUACGGGUGGAGUUGCCGAAAAACAGUUCUGA